AUGGGUUUAAUGUGUAAUAUAAAUAACUUAAAGGAAUCAAGGAAUUAUACAGAUUCUGAAAUCAACAAUUACAUUGAGCAGUUUUUACAUGAAUGCUCCAAAUUCACAGAAAAGCCAACACAUAAUUCAUUUCAAAACACAAAAGCAUGGAAGUAUAUUAAAAAAUGUUUAGAAACAAUCAAAAAUCAAGAAGAAGUAGAUCCUGAAAUACUCGAUGAAAAUGAAGCAUAUUCAUAUGUGUUGAAUAACCAUCAAAUAUUUGACCAGAUAGUGACGUUGGUGGAUAGAAUUAAUGCCGGAGAAAGGGAUAAAAUGCCCUUGUUUGGCCUUCCCCUAGCAGUAAAGGACAACGUGACUGUUAAGGGAAUUCCACUUAAAAACGGAGCAACAACUGGCCCUUACAUGCCGAGUUUCAACGCAACUGCAGUGGAUUCGCUUGUUAACGCUGGAAUAAUACUGGUCGGUAAAACAAAGCUUAACGGGUUUGGGCUUGGAGCUAAUACUACGAACGUUAAGAGCAUUUACGGUGAAAAAUAUAUCGUCGGAGGUUCUUCAGGAGGUUCAGGAGUUGCAGUGGGAGGAAACUCAGUAACUUGCGCAAUUGGAAGUGAUACUGGAGGUUCAGUCAGAUGUCCAGCAGCCUUUUGCAAUUCAGUUGGUUAUAGGCCAUCAAAAGGUCUCAUAAGCAGGUUUGGGUUGAACGAACUAUCCGCUAAUUUUGAUACGGUUGGAUUCAUUACCAACACCGUAUACGAGGCAGCCUAUCUAACCUAUAUCACAUCAGGUUAUGAUAUUAAGGAUAUGCUAAGUGAAUAUGAUUCUAACCGUACUAAACAAUCUAUUUUGACCGUUUUGCACAAUUUUAACACAAUAAAAAGUUUACUGCUUAACAUUAUCAAGGAAUUUAAAAUACUUGUAGGACCAUUGGAUAAUUUGAAAGGAUUGAAAAAUGUAAAGAUUGGAAUAUUCGAUGCUGAGGAGAUUUGUAAAUUGGGGUUUAUUGAUGAGGAGAAUAAAGUUAAUAUGGAGAACGUGGCAAGAAUAACCUCAGAAUUGGGAGCAGAGGUUGUGAAAUUAAGUAUUCCACCCCUUGAUAAGUUAACCUCAAUAUAUUACCUGGAAACAGCAAAGCAAACUACCACCAACAUCAGAAGGUUCAAUCAGUACCCUUAUUCAUCAACUCAAAUAAACACAGUUACUGAUCUGAUAUUAAGCCUUGAAAAAAGAAUACAAGAACGUUUCCUACUAGGAGAAUAUGUUAAGUUUAGUGAAUUUGAUAUUGAAACGUUGUUAAAGGACGAAAGAGAAAAUAUGAAUAAAUGGGUGGAAGAAAACAAACUGUUCAGUGAAGUGGAAUUCUUCAUAUCUCCUUCAACCUCAGAAGUUUUGCCAAUAAGAAAUUUAGAGUUUGAAUCGAAAAACGUAUACAUGCUGGACCUAUUUCUCACAAUCGCACCGAUACUGGGACUGUGUUCCCUCGCUUUACCUCUUAGGAACUCAAAUAGGCCUAAUUCACUACAUAUCACAGCAGGAUACUUACAGGACCAUAGAUUAUUUGAAGUUUCGAAUAUUUUCGAAGAAUAUUUAAAAGCCCAAAGCGGGUCAACAUAA